AUGCCAGUCGAAAGCGGACCUACGCGGCUGCUGCCGUUCAGCCAGAAAUUUGAGGAAGGUUACAUGGCAUAUCGCAUUCCCGAAUUUCAACAAUUCUUUCUCGAACAAUAUGUCUCGGUUACACUUGAGAAGGGCGACGGCUUGUUCUUCAACCCCGCACUGUUUCAUGCUGCAGGCCAGAACGACUCAGCUGACAUCCAGCGCUCGGCCAAUCUGCUCCAGAUCUCAUCCGCAUUCGGAAAACCCAUGGAACUAAUCGAUACACAUCCACUUAUCGAGCUUACUUGGCAUGGUCUGACAGAGAUGUAUAAGAACGAAGGCCUCAGUGAUAAGGUCAUGGCAUUCGUGGGCAAUGUUGCGGAAGGCUACCCAUUUCCAACCAAUCUUGACAGAAGAAUUCCAGAGACGGCAGGUAUGGCACCGUCAAGUGAGCAGGACCUUCUUAUCAAAGGUCUGAAAGCCUCGUGGACGAAAGAUGAUCUACUCGGCGAGCUGCAGAAUAUGAGACAAGACGCUCGAGCGUGA